AUGAAGAUCAGAUUACGCGGCAAUACAAAACAAGGGAAGGAAUUCCUAGGAGUAUCGCAAUCCACAGUCGAUUCUAGCAACUUGCAUAUCGAAAUCAACUCUGCGUACGCACUGCUACGAGCGAAGGACCAUCAACUCAGCGUGGUGACACUGAGUCAGUAUCGGCUAUCAGACCGACGGACCAAGAAACCGGAUUCACCGUAG